AAUGACGGUAGAUUUGACCAAUGUCUUUCAACAAAUCGACGGAGAUUACGAUAAUCUGAAGGAGCUUCUUCGUGAAGCAGUGGCAAUUCAAAGUGUGUCAGGAGAUCCAUCUAAACGAGAUGAAACAAUUCGAAUGGUUCAUUGGAUGAAAGAGAAACUGGAGACAAUUGGAACUAUCUGCGAGCUCGCUGACUUGGGAACGCAGGAGUUGGAGGGAAAAACUGUCAAACUGCCACCAGUUUUGUUGGGAACUCUGGGAAGUGAUAAGAACAAGAAGACCCUUCUGGUCUAUGGACAUUUGGAUGUCCAACCUGCCGCAAAAUCUGACGGCUGGGAUACUGAGCCAUUUGAGUUGGUUGAAAAAGAUGGAAAACUAUUUGGACGUGGAUCUUCUGACGACAAAGGACCAGUCCUCUGCUGGUUCCACGCAAUCCGUGCUGCUCAGAAGAACGGAAUCGAUCUCCCAGUCAACAUCAAAUUCUGCCUCGAAGGAAUGGAAGAAUCUGGAUCCGUGGGUCUUCCUGAACUCUUGGAACGAGAAAAGGACCGUUUCUUGGCCGGCGUCGAUUUUGUUUGCAUUUCGGACAGUUAUUGGCUUGGAACCAAGAAGCCGUGUCUCACUUAUGGACUCCGAGGAAUUUGUUCAUUCUUUGUGGAAGUCACUGGAAUCAAGCAAGAUCUUCAUUCUGGAGUGUUCGGAGGAGUCAUUCAUGAGCCUCUACAAGAUCUGAUGUGGGUGAUGUCGCAGUUGACAACUGUUGAUAAUCGAAUUAAGAUUCCAGGACUCUACGAACAAGUUGCUCCAUUAUCGGCUGCUGAAGAAAAGACUUAUGAUGAUAUUGAGUUCGAUGUGGCUGAGUUCCGCGACAGUGUUGGAGCUUCAAAGCUUCCAACUGAAGACAAGAAGACACUUCUUCUCCGUAGAUGGCGCGAGCCGUCACUUGCAUUCCAUGGAAUUGAGGGAGCAUUCUAUGGACCUGGAGAGAAGACAGUAAUCCCUUCAAAAGUGAUCGGAAAGUUCUCGAUCCGUAUUGUGCCUGACAUGGAUCCAGAGCAAGUUAAUCGUCUUACUGUAGAGUAUCUCAACAAAGUAUGGGCAGAACGUGGAUCACCGAAUGUUUUCAAGCCACGUCCAGGGCACAGUGCUAAGCCGUGGGUUGUUGACGUCAACGAUUCCAACUUCCUCGCCGGAGCUCGGGCCAUGAAGCGUGUCCAUGGUGUUGAACCGGAUAGAAUUCGCGAAGGAUGCUCCAUUCCAAUCACUUUGACAUUCCAAGAGCUCACCGGAAAAAGCGUACUUCUUCUGCCAAUCGGAGCAGCUGACGAUAUGGCUCACUCACAAAAUGAGAAGAACAACAUAUGGAAUUAUGUGGAGGGAGUGAAGACUUUGCUAGCUUAUAUCAUGGAGUUGGGCAGUGCAUAAAUUUAUUCGUGUAUUUAUUUAUUUCCUGUUAAAUGUUAAUUGCUUUCCGGUCAAUUUGUAGUUCAUGUGGUUUUUAUUGGAAAUUGUAAUACUUAUGGGAUUAAAGACAUUUUAAUUU